AUGGUUCAGUGCACUAUGUGUAAAAAAUACUUUAUACAUAGCUGCGUUGAUCUUACUACGGCUGAGGUUAGAUCAAUAAAAACCAAACAAAACAUCAACUGGACUUGCUCAAGAUGUCCUGGAGUUGGUGAAAGCAUUUCUGAACUAAAGUCCCUAAUUCUAACCCUUCAAGAGGAAAUUAAAACGCUCAGGUGUAACAAUGAAACCAAAUUAAAGUUUGAAGAAGUCAUACAAGAGCUGACUGAUCGCAACCGCCGAAAGAGUAAUAUUAUGGUAUAUGGUUUAACAGAAGAUAAGGAAAGCAGUAAGGAUGAACAAAAAAGACUAGAUCAAACUAAAAUAAAAGAAGUGUUAAAUUUCCUAGAGAUUAAUACUGAUAAUGUACAAAUAAAGCCAAUUAGACUCGGCACGGAGAACGAUUAUUUUGGUCCAUAG